AUGAAUACCAAACCCACUACGAAUACCGCAACCACCAGAAAUAUUCGCCACCAUGAUCGCAAUUUUCAACAGAAUCUUGUUGACGGUAGUGUUUAUCCUAAUCGCUACGAGUAUCCCGAUGGCCGAAUACCAGCGAAGCCAAAUAACUGGCAGGAGGUCAAUCAAAGACUAGCACAACGUCGCCCUUCCCUUUCAUUAUCAAAAUUUUCGGAGGAAGCGUAUGAGCAAUUUGCCCGAGCGGAUGAACAUGCCUCAAAAGAGAAACAAGUCAUGGAAUUAGCGAUUCCGAUCAUCGAAGUUCGUACCGAGCUCAGUGAUCAUAUUAUUCCUUCGACACAACAGGACCUUCCUAUCUCUCCGAAUUUCUUCCUUGCAGCAAAGGGGCCCGACGGGUCCUUGGCAGUGGCGAGGCGACAAGCUUGUUAUGAUGGUGCAUUGGGAGCGAGAGGUAUGUAUAGUCUGCAGUCAUACGGCCAGGACAAACCAACCUAUGACAACAACGCCUCUACUAUUACAUCAAUCUAUCACGGCGGCACACUCAAGAUGUACACCAGCCACCUUGCACAGUCAAAUGGCCCCGGACGUCAACCUGAAUACUACAUGCAUCAGCUAGGCACUUGGGGAAUGACUGGCAGCCGCGGUGCCUGCGUGGAUGGAGUUAGGGCAUUUAGGAAUGCCAGAGAUUGGGCAAGAGAGCAGAGGGACGAGGCAAUUAAGCUAGCAAAUGAGAGAGCAAAUGACAGACCGCCAACUGAUCCCACAUUAGCCUCUAGCUUUACUCCCGAAGUUUCCUCCCUCGUCGCUACAACUUCACUGGGUACAGCAGGCGAGUCUCAAAGCCAAGAGUCUCUCGCCAUGCAUCAGCAGCCAGAGACAUCCACUGAUGAGCUUGCAAUGGAUAUCAAUCUACCAGCCAACCGCUCUUCAAGGUCGCAACAGUCUCACCGCCGGAACCGUACCACCGGCGAAGCCAGCACUCGGCGAAGCAGUCUAGCUACAUGGGCUCGGCAGAACGAGCAGUAG